AGACUGCACGAGCAGGAGGGGAGGCUCGCGCGUCUUGCUGCAGGGAUAUCACCUCAGAUGGACUUGAUAUAGGACAAGAAUACACAUUUUUUCAUCUGAUAAUGACCACGUAGGUGGUAGUUACAAGUGGGAAACAAACUUGUACAUCCUCCUCCACCGCCACCGGUUUUAAUGUGUUUUAUGUGUUUGCGCUCAACAGUCAGGUAGACUUAUGCGGGCGCAUUUGAACACGAGUGUCGGCGUGUGAUUUAUCCCGUGGAUGCGGCUGUCGGGGUCGGUGUCUGAGCCCUGCAGGAUCAGCCUGUCAUAGGGCAUGAUGAUUUCUCUGGCUCUUCACAAGUGGAUGAGGAAUACUUCACCGGAGAUGCUGCUGCUGGUGCCGAUACUGUGGCUUUUACCUCUGACUGGAGCGGCUCCGUCUCAGACUACCGAGCAGCUGGACACUGGGGUGGACUGGCUGAGUAAGUUUGGCUACCUUCCGCCCCCUGACCCAGUGACUGGUCAACUUCAGACCAAGGAGGCCCUGACCAAGGCCAUCAAAGCCAUGCAGAAGUUCGGAGGGCUGAAGGAGACGGGAGUCUUAGACCAAGCCACACUGGGCCUAAUGACAACACCCAGAUGUUCUCUGCCAGAUGUGUCUGAUGCCGAGUCAACAGUGGGCCGCAGGAAACGAAGCCCAACUCCUCAGAAUAAAUGGAAUAAGAGGCAUCUGUCCUGGAGAGUGAGGACCUUUCCUAAGGAUUCAGCCUUACUGGGCAGGGACACUGUUCGGGCCCUGAUGUACUACGCCCUGAAGGUCUGGAGUGACAUCGCGCCUCUGAACUUCCACGAGGUGGCCGGCAGUGAUGCAGACAUUCAAAUCGACUUCACUAAGGCCGACCACAAUGAUGGAUAUCCCUUUGAUGGGCCAGGGGGCACCGUGGCGCACGCGUUUUUCCCCGGUGAGAGGUUCACAGCUGGGGAUACACACUUUGAUGAUGACGAGGCCUGGACCUUCAGAUCACCAGACUCUCAUGGGAUGGAUCUGUUCGCGGUUGCAGUCCAUGAGUUCGGUCACGCCAUCGGCCUGGUCCACACCUCGGCCAUGGAGUCCAUCAUGAGACCGUACUACCAGGGUCCUGUAGGAGACCCUCUGAAAUACGACCUCCCGUACGAAGACAAGGUCCGCGUCUGGCAGCUCUAUGGUGUCAGAGACUCAGUGUCCCACACAAACCGACCAGGCGACCCCUCCCAGACAGCUGAACCUCCUGUCCUGCUGGACCUGCCUGAAAACAGAUCUGCUCUCCUGCCGGCACGAGAUGCCCCAGACAGAUGCACCAGUCACUUUGAUGCAGUGGCCCAGAUACGAGGGGAGGCCUUCUUUUUCAAAGGAAAGUACUUCUGGAGACUAACACGAGAGAAGCACCUGGUGUCUCUGCGUCCUGCUCAGAUCCAUCGCUUCUGGAGGGGCCUCCCAACCAACCUUGAUAGUGUGGAUGCUGUGUAUGAGAGACCUGGGGACCACAAGAUAGUCUUUUUCAAAGGUCUAAAGUACUGGGUAUUUAAAGACAAUAUUGUGGAGGAAGGCUACCCUCGUCCAAUCAGUGACUUUGGCCUGCCCUUGGAAGGAGUGGAUGCAGCCUUUGUUUGGCUGCACAACGACAAAACCUACUUCUUCAAGGACAACCACUACUGGCGCUACGAUGACCACCUGAGGCGUAUGGACCUGGGCUACCCUAAAGACAGCACGCUCUGGAAGGGGCUGCCGCCUCAGCUGGACGACGCCAUGAGGUGGUCCGAUGGCUCGUCCUAUUUCUUCAAGGGGAAGGAGUACUGGCGAGUGCCUGGCAGUGACAUGGAGGUGGAGGCAGGAUACCCCCGCCUCAUCGCUAAAGACUGGCUCCUGUGCACCGAGAUGCAGUCGGACUCUCCGGACACGGAGCCCAAAAGCACUGAGACGAGAGUCAACGUGCACCAUCACCCAGACCACGCAGAGAACGGCUACGAGGUGUGCUCCUGCACCUCUGACACCGCCUCGCCUUUAGGUGUCCGCCUUUCCCCAUCUCCCCUGUGGCUGCUGCCACCCCUCUGGACGCUCUCGCUCACCUUCCGCUCUGAACUGCUAUGAUGCCAAAGCAUGGGACAAAGUUCCUGAGCUGAUUGGUGGAGGGCCAGUGGACACUCAGUUGAAGCAAAAAACUGGAAUUUUCUUAUUAUUAUUAUAUCAUUUGGUAUCCUUUUUGCGCUAAUUUUGCUGUUAUUUAUUUUACAUGUCAUUGGGUGGGCACUGCCAGCUGAAGUAGUCGUCCUUAUAGGCAUCAACCCACACAUGCUUUACAAAGUUUUUUUUUUUACUCAACAGUCAAAUUGCCUCAUUGCUACAAGAAAAAGGUUAAAGGUUAUAGAAGUGUAUUCCAUAGCAGUGAUUAUUUGUCUUCAUGUGCAGCAGGUUUUCAGCUGCAGUGCCUCUCACACACACAAGUUGAGGGCAUCCAGGGAUGUAGGCAGGCGCAAAGGUGAACAGCGUGCCAACACACACAUUGUUGCCUGUUUUAUAAGAUUACAGCAGAUGCUUUAUUACAGGGUCAGCUCACCAACAUUAGCUCAAAAUUACCAAAAAAACACAUAUUUUCACACUUACCUCACGUGGUAUGUAGUAAUGUAUAUGGUUUAAUAUGUUGGUAAUAGUUUCUGUGUCCACCCUGAUACAGUGGAGGUAAAGGGAUUUUUUUUGCUGUUCAAGACAGUGAAAAAUUACACUUGUAUGUCAGUCUUUCUCUGGAUAAUCCACAGAACUAAUCAGGAUUAUUUACUCCCAGGCUGCCCCAGACUAAGA